UUACAUGGAUGCUGAAAGGAAAAAACAGUAUGUAAGAGGCAACGUUUACAAUAAAAUGAACAACAGAUUGUGUCAAUCAAGAUCUCAAACCUCUAACAGGGGCAGUUCUGUUUAAAUGUUUGGAAAAAUCUGUUAACGGAUUUGAAACUUUUUUCAUUUAAACGUUAAACAUGUAAAUGUCCCACCCUUACUUUUGAUCAAUACGGUGGGGUUCAGUGUACUCUUCUGGCAAUACUUUAUCUUUUUAGGUAAGCUGAACUGCAAGAGUUGGAAGGAUAAAAGAUGAGAUGAAGGUAGAGAUACCGGGCCAGAAGCUUAGACUGAGGAAAAAACAAGAAGAGAAACAGAAGGGACAGUAACAAAAUAUAAAAGUAGGCCUAUAAUCACUGCCGAAAUGGUGGCUGGAAUAGCCCAGCUGAUGAAAAUCCUCCGUUAAUGUGUCGCUUGCGUAGUCUGAAAAUUUGGGACUCUGACAUGGAGUGUGCUUGCCGUACAGUACCUUUCAGCAGUUUGAGAAAAUGCAUCUGAGAUGCCGAGGUAGUAAAUAAACCUAUAAAAAUUACAAAUCCUAUUGAAAAUGGAGGAUUUUGGGACUGUUAGGGUUAAGAAAUAUGUCAAGUUCUCUGAUCUCCCUACCCACUGUUAAGGAGGGUAAUAUGUAACACCCCCCCAAAAAAAAGUAAAUAAAGGAAUGAAUAUAAUACAGAAAUAAAGGUUUGGUUCCUAGCCAAAAAAGGAAAGUGAAGGGGAUAGGUGUAUACAUGAACUACAAGUAGGUACAUUGCAAGAGAUUUUUUUUCUAACAUACAUGCAUUUGUUUAAAGUAAAUUUUCUGUCUGUUAUGGUGGGGACAAUUGGUGGGAUUUUAUAGCCUGUAUGUGCCAUUAUUAUGACGUUGAAAGGAAAACUGAAUUUUGCUUUCUCCUGACACAAAAGUAGAGCCAACAUUCCGUAGUAGAAAAGGUUGGCAUAUCAGAUACGUGUCGAAUCUUUUGAGGGGAGUGUGCAAAAUCAAUCACUUCUUAUGCAAAUUAAAGGUGGCUGAUAAGCCAAUGAGAAGCUAGACUAUACAUAUAAUGUAGACAGACAAUGCUCAUUGGCUAGUGCAGCUGAGUGAACUGUGGUGAGGGUUGGUUGACUGGGUAUAAAUAACAGACCCCGUGCCAGCCGUUUGGUAAUUGAAGAAAACCUUUGGACGGUUCAGUAGUUAACAGACAGCUAUUGCGACGAUUAUUUUAACUUCGGAGUGUUCUGUCUUUACCUUCAUACAGAAACAAGACCCAAAACACUGUGUCAGAUACCAAACAUCCAAGUAAAGCACUCUUCAAAAUGGAUCCUUUGAAUGUGUUAACGGGUGAUUACACCUUGAAGUCAAAGAAACCAUGCAAUCUGUCCUCUUGCACAAAAGAAGAAAUACUGGAUUACUUUGAGAAUUCCUACAGCUUAAAUGAGAGUCUGUUUACAUCUCUGGCUGCCAAGGAGGCAUUUUACAUGUGCCCAGACCGUCUGCGACUGCCCCUCAUCUUUUACUAUGCCCACACUGCCGUGGUCUACUGGAACAAGAUGCUACUGGCAGGCCUGGUAGACAGGCGAUUGAACAUUGAAUUUGAGACCAUGUUUGAGACGGGCGUGGAUGAGCAGUCCUGGGACGACACGGAAAAUUAUCGCAUGGGGGGUGCUUUCAAGUGGCCCCCCCUGGAGGAAGUGGUAGAGUACCGGCGCAAGGUCCGCAAUGCCAUACGUAAAGUGAUUGCAGAUACCAGGUUGGAGUUGCCGGUCACCAUGGAUAGUCCAUGGUGGGCUUUGUUCAUGGGUUUUGAGCAUGAGAGAAUCCACUUCACCACGUCCUCAGUCCUGAUACAGCAGCUACCCAUCUACCUGUUACGUAAACCCAAGGACUGGCGCCCAGGACCAGCCUACCAUGGGCAAGGAAUGGGAGACAACAAGAUGGUGACCGUGCCCGCUUGCGAAGUCACCGUCGGGAAACCCAGGGAUUUCCCCUCCUACGGCUGGGACAACGAGUACCCAGAAUGCAAGAAAAUGGUGCCUGCAUUUGAGGCUUCGCAGUUCUUGAUUACCAAUAAGGAAUUUCUGGCUUUUGUUGAGAGUGGCUGCUACAAAAAGAAACAGUACUGGACCAAAGAGGGCUGGCAAUGGAGAAACUUCCGCAAGGUCAUGCACCCGAUCUUCUGGGUCUGUAACAAAGGUUGCCUGUCCAACUGCGGUGCAGCAUUGGCUGGAUACAGCCACUGUCAGGAGUGGCUGAAUGGGGAAGCCAACGGCAGCAGCAACAACAUCAACAGCAGGAACAGCAGCGGUGGCAAUGGCUACAUCCCUGCCAGCAAUGGCCUGCAACAGAUUAACAACAAUGAGACGAAUCAGUAUAGAUUGCGAACCCUCUGUGAGGAGAUUCCUAUGCCUUGGGAUUGGCCCGUGGCUGUCAACUACCACGAAGCCAAGGCCUACUGCAGAUGGAAGGGCCAAGAAUUUCGUCUGAUGACAGAAGCCGAGCAUUGUGCCAUCCGAGACAAGGAGGUACGAAUCAGCAACGACACAUCUGCAGACAUCUUGUACCACAGCGAUUUGCAGGAGAGACACAAUGCAAACCUGGCCUACACCACGCACACGCCGGUUAACUUGUACCCACCUACCAAGAGGGGAUUCUAUGAUGUGUUUGGCAACAUGUGGGAGUGGAUGGAGGACCACUUCAACGGCUUACCUGGCAGCCUGACGCAUCACCUAUACGAUGAUUUCAGCACCCCAACCUUUGACGGACGGCACAAUGUGAUUUUGGGUGGCUGUAACAUGUCUACUGGUGACGAGUCAUCAUGUUUUGCCAGAUAUGCUUUCCGCCGACACUUCUACCAGCAUGCAAGCUUCCGUCUUGUGCGGUCUCUGGACACCAGCGCCACUUUGCCGGUCGCCUUAAUCUGUAGGCCAAGCAACAUCACUGAAGGGGUUUGCCUGCCUGUUGGGACCAAAACCAAUUCUCCCCUGCCCUCCACCAAUAUUCAGCUGAGCCACGAAUCGGACCAUCACCUCAGGGCUCAGCUCCUGACAGAGUACGGAGCCGUGAAGGGCAACCUGGCCAGCCAGCUGGCUGAGGUCUGCCGUGGGGCCCUCCAGGCCCGAGGCCCCCCCUGCGGCACAGCACUGGACUUGAUUUGUGGUUGCGGCAAGCUCAGCUUUGAAUUGUGCCGAUUCAUGAAGGAGGUUCUGGCUGUUGACUACUGCAAGUCUUUCCUGAUGGCAGCAGAGAACAUCCAAGAAAAGGGCCAUUAUGCAUCCCUGAUGCCUGAUGGGAAGACUCUUGACGUUCAUUUGCCAGAAGGGGUGAACUCAUCCCGGGUCUUCUUCAAACAGUUCACCUGGAUUCCCAACGAAAUACUCAACUUUGACCUGGUUGUCUUUGAGGGUAUUGACCGAGUCUUGAACAAGAAAGCCUGGCUGUUGAGACUGUGGGAGAUCAUUGUUCCCAGUGGAGUUGUUGUAAUUGUCUCUACUCAAGGAUACGGUGCCGAUGAACUGAAGCCAGACAUAGAGACACGCUUGGAGUUGACCAAAACCCGGAAGCUGUCCUAUGCGAAGCCCACAGGAGGAACAGGCUUGGCCACAGUCACCAUCUGGCACAGAAAGUAGACCAGUGAGCAUCAAGAAGCGCCAGGAGAGAACAUGAAAUCACUGUCCGGAUGCUGUCAUGCCGUGCUUAAAUCAAACAACAAGGACCUGUGCUUGAAUAAAGGAAACCUCCCCACAUUAUGGCCAUAUGCAAAUUUUCAAGAUCAGCCUCGUCCCCAGUGGUUACUGGUCUUUUAGCUUGGCUUCCGGUAGUAAGCCCUGGGAAACUAAACUUUCUUCCUUUAUCCUGAUUUGAUGUAGCAACAGUGAAAAAAAUAUUUAUCCCAUGUUGGCAGUGAAUUAGUACGUUCGCUUUUCCUUUUAAACAAUCUUCCUUUUCCAUUUUGAAUAUACCCGUAAAUGUGCUAUAAUUUAAUCGUCAAAUGGUGUAGCGUCGUGUUUGUCGUAAAAAGAGUAAAUCAUUGAAGUAGGUGUUUGAUUUGGGUAUGUGGCGGUGUUCACCCUUUGGUUUAUGGUAGAAGUGAAUCAUGUUUCUUUAAUUUUUGUUUUACUAUAAUAGCACGUUUAGCAUGGGAGCCACAUGAGAUAUAGUGUCUGUCUGCAAUUGUUAUUUUGAAAACCUUUUCAUCCAUUUUGGAAGAUGACAACUCUAUUCUGAUCUUCACAGGAGAUUUGCAAACUCAGAACUACAGAAUGUAGAACCUUAUUCCCUGAGAUUUAGUUUUGACGGCGGUGACGGUAGCUGAUGUAUUUACAGUAGAAGCAGCCUGCAAUACAGCAAAUAUUUCAAAAUGUACGAUCAAUGUAAUUAAGAUAUUGAAAUAUUUGACAUAUUUUUUGAUAUGACAGAUGACAUUAUGAACCAGUUGUAUAUCUUUUCCCAGUGUGAACGAAUGGAUUACUCGCCAGCUGACAUUUGCAAUCUCUUGUUACAGUUUUUGCUCUUAGAGGCACGUGUGUUAAUGUGGUUACAUGUGUCUGGAUAACGUGAGCAUAUCAAAGGAGUAUAAGUUGUAGACUCGCACCUUUCCCCUUGACUUUCCAACAUUUUACGUCAGGGAAUUUACUGGACUUCCUGCAAGUUACUGGUUCAUAUUUGAGACAUGGACUUUGCCGAUUUUAAAAAUUUACUUUCUAGUUGCAUGCUGAUUUUGAAAGUUUACUUUCUAGAUUGAAAACAGUGUCUGCAAUCGCUCGUGGUACGUUACCAGCCGUUUGUGUUUUACUGUUCAGAUUUUAUUGUGCAAUUGCCUCUUUUAAAGCAGCCAUUCCAGGAAAAUGACCAAAUUAUACACAAAGAGAAUUGUCGAACAUUGCGGGGGGUUGAUCAACUUGUGAAUAGUAAAUUGUGGCCACAACGCGAGCUUUUUGUUAAUUUAAUAUGAGACGUUCAUAUCAACAGCCUACUCUCUGAACUUGGCUAUCAUAUAUACUUCUAUACUUGCAGAUUGCUGUGAAAAUAAUGUGUUGCCUUUAAUGCAGUCCAGAGAGAAAUAGCAUAAUGAGCGAAGUUAAUUCCGCUGCCUCCAGCCAAUGCAAUACUCCAAAGUAUCGAACCUUAUUUCUCAUUUAGAGGAGGGGUGUAACUUUGUAGAGAUGGCAAGACAAGAAGUCCGGUCUCCAAUGACACAGAGUGAACAAUGACAGUGGAAUGACUUCAUUUGAAUAGCUCGUGACUUCGGGCUGUGACUUGUGAUAGGGUUGUGGUAGACCGAAACUUCCCCUCUUGUGAUGUCGCAUGCGCGACGACAUUUUUUUGAGGGGGGGGGGGCAAAACGUGCCUGCGUGGACGAAGCAUAGACGCAGUGACCGUUGAGUUGAGGACACCGUUUUUAACCCGUCAAAGUGUUUCAGUGUAGCCGUUCUGCCAAAAUCGGUUUACUUCUGCACGACGAAGAUCGCCAUUAUUUGUGAACCCUUAGUUUAUAUUGAAACGAAAUAUCACACUAGUCUCUGACACUGUUUUAUUAAACACUACACUUUCGUUUGUAGUAUACUGGUGUCAAUUUUAUGUUCGAGAUUGGGUACCAAAAAUUAAAGAAUGACUGGCUGAUUAAGAUGUUCUUUGACAGCUGAUAGAAGAUAGUGGUGCAUUGUAUACAUACACUACGGCCAUUUAUUGAAGCUUUGCCGCUUCAGUAAAUUCUUAGCCAAUACGGCGAUUCACAAUAGUGCGUCACCAAGAGUUUGCAACACGUUGGCCAAUGAUAACGCGCCAAAUUUAUUGACCCUUUCCAAACGCGCAUUGGGUAGACAAAUUUCGCGCAUUGUGAUUGACCAACGCGUUGCAAACGCUUGGUGGCGCACUAUUGUGAAACAGCCGUAUUACACUUCGUUGUGGUUAUAUUUUUUGUUGUAUUUUCAUAUAACAGUAUAGGCUAUUUGUGUUUAUUCUUUGUAGGCCCACAUGAUAUGCGAAAAGAAAAUAAUAAUAAAUUUUAAAAAAAAAUUCCGUAAUAAUACAGUCACGUUCAUUGGCUGGCCAGUUUGGCUCAUUUAGUUUUCUUGUGUUGGUUUUGAAUAUUUCACCGAACUUGAUUAUUGAGAACCAGAGUUGUAUCAAGUCACUAGUCGAGUCGAGUCAUUGUAACUUAGUGACUCAAAUCGAUUCGAGUCAACAUAUUGACUCAAUUCGAGUCAACAUUUGAAUACAAUACGAUCAAUAAAAACGAGAGAAAGUU